UGCAUUUGCUGAAUUCUCCGCAACCUCCACACGGCAGCUUUCCUAGUCAUCCCAGACUUGUGUUCGGUCAAUCACGCUCGCCGAACAAUGGCUGCUGUUACGUGCCAGACAACGGCUACUAUUGCCAGGUUCGGCUCUGUGUCGAAUGCGCAGGCCACACGAAAAGCCAGUGUGCCUCGUGCUGCUUUUCUUGGCCAACGCCUCAGUAUCAGCUCAAGCAGCAGAGGGGUCGCCAAGGUUUCGAAAUUCGUUGUGAGGGCGACCGCAGAGGAUGAAGUGCCUCCGAUUGUGACUCGGUCCAAGGAGCUACUUGAGGAAGCUAAGUCCAAGUGGGAAACCAUUGACGACAAAAGCACGGUUCUUCUCUACGGUGGUGGCGCCAUUGUUGCACUCUGGCUGUCCUCCACGAUUGUCUCUGCCGUCAACUCCAUUCCGCUGCUCCCUAAGGUCCUCGAGCUAGUGGGCACGGUCUACACUGGCUGGUUCGCCUACCGAUAUCUCCUGUUCAAGUCGAGCAGGAGGGAGCUGUCUCUUCUUAUUGACGAUAUCAAGAGCAAGAUCACCGACAAGAAGUAAAGUUUGUAGAGAUGGAAUCAGGCAAUCCAGUUGAAGAAGCUCCUCUGGCACUCCUAGUGCCCGGUUCUGUUAACAUAGUACCCUCUGAAACAAUUAUAUCUCCUGGCAGUAGACUGGGCU